AUGGCUGUUACCCAGCUCUACUACCAUUGUGGACCUAAGGCUCAACUCGGUCAAGUCGGCAAAGCGUUAGUACGGCUUCUACGCGGGCCGCGCGAGGUGCAAUACGUGGUGCUGCUGAACGUGGCGACAAUGUGCGAGACGCAGCCGGUACUCGAGGGCACAUUUGCCAUCAGCAGGAACAUGUUCGACCCAUUCCUCAAAAGUUUCUUUGUGCGCUCGUCGGACCCGGCUUUCGUCAAAGAACUAAAGCUUCACGUGCUUACCUCCCUCGUCUCGGAGUCAAAUGUGCACAUUAUCUUGCGGGAGCUGCAGACCUAUGUGUCAAUGUCAGAGCUGGCUGGAGGAGCUGUCGAAGCGAUUGGAAGAUGUGCGGUUAGGGUGGGAGCAGUCUCGGAUUCUUGCCUCGCCGGCCUCGUCCAACUAAUCGCAUCCCCUAAUGAAGAGGUCGUUUGCGCUGCGGUUUGCGUUUUGAAGAGGUUGCUCCAUGCCACUGCCCCGGUUCCUCUUCUUUCUCGGCUGAUUCGGCUGAUACAUACAAUUCAGGCCCCUGCGGCACGGGCUUGUGUCGUAUGGCUAGUUACGACGCAUGUGGAUAAGACGAUUAGCAUGGCGCCCGAUCUCCUGCGAAUUUUGGCGAAGAAUUUCUCGAAUGAGCACGAAAGUGUUAAGAGCAGCUUCAAAGAUCGGGCUCAAUUCCAACUUGGUUCGUUGUCGCAUGUACUGAAUCAGCGGUGCAGCUUGUACAAGGACUUGAGCGAAUUCCCGGAAACAUCAUCGGACCCAGCCCUCCGCCGAGAAGCCAACGCAGUCGAUCAUGCGCAAUGGCUGGAUGUGGGAGAAGAAGCAGUUGAGGAGGAAGAAGAUGAGGAUGAAGAUGAGGACGAGGAAAGUGACGAGGAGGGAGAUGACAGUGACGAUGAAGACGACGAAGAAGAGGAAGAUGCUGCUGACGAAGAGGGCGAUGACGAGGAAGAUGAUGAUGAUUCCGAUAAGCUAAUUUUCAACGUGGUCGAAGGCGGCGGCAUCGAGCUGUCGCUUGGUUUCCCUCGGACCAAUCAACAAAAUUUUACGCCGUUGCGGUUCCAGGUGUGCAACAAGGGAGAUGUCGAGCUGAGUAACAUUGAAGUCUGUCCCCCGACUGGGAUGAACACCACUGGUGUUACAAAGAUUGCGAGCUUGGCAGCUGGGGCUAUGACCACAUUGUCGUUGGGAGUUGAUUUUGGGGAUAGUGGAAAGAAGACCGAGUGGUCGCUGACCCGCGACGAGGGUGAUGCUCGAAAGUUUGAUCUACAGAUUCCUCUCGGCGAACAAGUGCAACCGAUAAAAAUCCCGGAAGCGGAGGUUUCAUUGAAAGGCGCGUGGAACGAUGACCAUAUCUACUCGGUAGCGAACCUAUGGAAGAGCGGCGAUAAAACAUUUACCGGCCAGACGCGUUCCCGUAAAGAUAUAAUGGUUGUGACAUUCGAAGAGGGUUCCGUAGAGGAUCUCGUGCAAACCGUCUACAAUUGGCAGUUGAUACAAUGUCUCUAUAUGUGGGUCCGAGUUAUAGGCAAGAGCCACGACGUUGAGGGUGCCGAUGCACUGAAUGAACUCCAUUACCCCUUGACGCAAGUGGUCGUUGCGACACUAAACGCUUCGGCUCAACAAGUGGAAGAGGCUGGAUGGCGUCAAGCUGCUGCAGACACCUUGUUCAAAAUACUGCUCCAGGCGGCUCAUAUCUUAUCGAGCAGCCCCGCUUUUCCGGAUGCCACCCUGAUUGCCAGCCAUCAGAUCCGAAGUUUCUGCAAGAAUUGUCGCAGCCCGGACAUCAGUCGUUUGUUCAAGGCGCUCAACGACAAGAUCCGCGAGCACUCGAUAUGGGUUUUGGAGAAGAUGAGCACGCGUGGCAUUGACCUGGCCGAGCCCUUGACCCUACUUCGCGCUCGACAAGCUCUCGCCGACCCAGCAAGCCCCAUCGUCAUCUACCACAAUCAGUUCGCCCGUAUUUGGAAGAUGAGAGCGGCCGCCCUGCAAAGGAACGACACUCUGGCCGCGAAGAAAGCGACUGCCAAGGCGGCACCUAAAGAGGAAUCUGAGGAACCAGAAGAUGUAAAGCCGACGAUAACGAGCAAGCAGAAGAAGAAGCAACAAAACGGCCAUGACGAGGCGGAACCCGUUGCCGUCAAAGGAAAGAAGGUGAAGAAGGCGAAAAAGAAGAAGUUGAAUCCGAGCGCCGCCAAGGGAGACUCAAUCGACACCGUGCUCGACCUCCGCAACAUGGAUUGGUCCGAU